AAGUAAUAUAUUUUAUUUGUCGUUAUUAUCAAUACUCAUGACCUUUUCAUAAAGUUGUGUCUUGUGACUUGACAACAAGAAGAUUGACAAGAACAACAAGACAUUAGAUGAUUUACGGACAAAGUGUGUCAGUGAACCUGAUACAUCACAAGAAACAAAGCGACAGAACAUGAAGAGGAUGCCUAUCACCCACACUGCAACAGGCCAGAAAAGGGCAAACUCUUUACCAAAAACUGCAAAAGACGAAGUGGGAGACAAAGGUGAAAAAGGAAACGCCUAUCAAGGACAGAAGGAAUUAAAAAGAGCCAUUGAACACAUUCAAAGCAUUCUAAAAAUUGUCAAAGAAGUGGGAGACAAAGCUGGAGAAGGAAGCGCCUAUAGUAGUCUUGGCAUUGCUUAUCAAAGUCUCGGGGAUUUCAAAACAGCCAUCGAUUACCAUGAACGUCAUCUAAAAAUUGCCAAAGAAGUUGGAAACAAAGCUGAAGAAGGAAUGGCCUAUGGUUAUCUUGGUAAAGCUUAUCAAAGUCUCGCGGAUUUUAAAGCAGCCAUCGAUUACCAUAAUCGUGAUCUUAAAAUUGCCAAGGAAGUUGGAAACAAAGCUGAAGAAGGAGAGGCCUAUGGCAAUCUUGGCAACGCUUAUCAGAGUCUGGGGAAUUUUAAAACAGCCAUCGAUUAUCAUGAACGUCAUCUAAUAAUUGCCAAAGAAAUUGAAGACAACGCUGGAGAGGGAAGAGCGUAUGGUAAUCUUGGCAACGCUUAUCAAAGUCUGGGGGAUUUCAAAACAGCCAUCGAUUACCAAGAACGUAAUCUAAAAAUUGCCAAAAAAGUUGGAGAAAAAGCUAGACAAGGAAUGGCCUAUGGUAAUCUUGGCAAUGCCUAUCAAAGUCUGGGGGAUUUUAAAGCAGCCAUGGAUUACCAUGAACGUCAUCUUAAAAUUGCCAAAGAAGUUGGAGACAAAGCUGGAGAAGGAAUGGCCUAUGGUAAUCUUGGCAAUGCUUAUCUAAGUCUGGGGGAUUUCAAAACAGCCAUCGAUUAUCAUGAACAUUGUCUAAAAGUUGUCAAAGAAGUGGGAAACAAAGCUGGAGAAGGAAUGGCCUAUGGUAAUCUUGGCAACGCUUAUCAAAGUCUGGGUGAUUUCAAAAGAGCCAUGGAGUAUCAUGAACAUCGUGUAAAAAUUGCCAAAGAAGUUGGGGACAAAGCUGGAGAAGGAAGGGCCUAUGGUGGUCUUGGCAACGCUUAUCAAGGUCUGGGGGAAUUCAAAACAGCGCUCGAUAAUCAUGAACGUGAUCUAAAAAUUGCCAAAGAAGUUGGAGACAAAGCUGGAGAAGGAAGGGCCUGUGGUAAUCUUGGUAUUGCUUAUCGAAGUCUGGGGGAUUUCAAAACAGCUAUCGAUUAUCAUGAACGUUGUCUAAAAAUUGUCAUAGAAGUUGGAAACAAAGCUGAAGAAGGAAUGGCCUAUGGUAGUCUUGGCAACGCUUAUCAAGGUCUGGGGGAUUUCAAAACAGCCAUCGAUUAUCAUGAACGUUCUCUAAAAGUUGUCAAAGAAGUUGGAGACAAAGCUGGAGAAGGAAGGGCCUAUGGUAGUCUUGGCAACGCUUAUCAAAGUCUGGGGGAUUUCAAAACAGCCAUCGAUUACCAUGAACGUCAUCUAAAAAUUGUGAAAGAAGUUGGAAGCAAAGCUGGAGAAGGAAUAGCCUAUGGUAAUCUUGGCAACGCUUAUCAAAGUCUCGGGGAUUUCAAAACAGCCAUCGAUUACCAUGAACGUAAUCUAAAAAUUGCCAAAAAAGUUGGAGAAAAAGCUAGAGAAGGAAUGGCCUAUGGUAAUCUUGGCAACGCCUAUCAAAGUCUGGGGGAUUUUAAANAGCUGGAGAAGGAAGGAAUUGCCAAAGAAGUUGGAGACAAAGCUGGGGAAGGAAAGGCUAUUGGUAGUCUUGGCAACACUUAUCAAAGUCUGGGGUAUUUCAAAACAGCCAUCGAGUACUAUAAACGUCAUCUGAAAAUUGUCAAAGAAGUGGGAGACAAAGCUGAUGCAGGAAUUAUCUAUGGUAAUCUUGGCAACGCCUAUCAAAGUCUGGGGGAUUUAAAAACAGCCAUCGAUUUCCAUGAACGUCAUCUGAAAAUUGCCAAAGAAGUUGGAGACAAAGCUGGAGAAGGAAUAGCCCAUGGUAAUCUUGGCACAGCUUAUCAACGUCUGGGGGAUUUCAAAACAGCCAUCGAUUAUCAUGAACGUUGUCUUAAAAUUGACAAAGAAGUUGGAGACAAAGCUGGAGAAGGAAUAGCCUAUGGUCGAAUGAUCCAUAGACAUGGCUACAUAACGGAGUGGCUCAUAAAAAUGUUGUAG